AUGGUGCCACUAUUAAUACUUCUGCUAUCCCUCUACCAUUCCUCCACUUGCUCCUUCACAAAGAACAUCCUUGUCACAACACCCUGGAGAGGCGGACACUUCGCCUACCUUCUAAACAUUGCAGCUACUCUGGCUGAUUCCGGACAUAAUGUGACUUUCCUAGCUCUGCUUCACGAUCCAGACAUUCCGGUGCCCAGGAAUAUCCGGUAUCUGGUGCCGACCAAUAUUUCUCAGGAUAUCAGAGGUUUGAAGUACUUGAAUGAAGUUGCGGUGAAAUCAGGUGCUUUGGAUGGUUCUUCUGAUAAACUUAUCAGCAGGAGCAUAACAGGAAACUCGGUGAUCUUAGGAGAAACUCUCAAACAAAUAAAACUACGAUUUGAUUAUUUCUUCGGGGUUGAAAUGAUGGGUAUGAUGGAAAACACACAAUUUGAUCUGGUUGUUGUAGAGGAAACCAUCUUCCACCCUAUCGCGGUGAUAGCACGAAAACACAGCAUACCCUUGGUGACAGCAAUAUCUGUGGUGGACCAGCAGAGAGCGAAACAUGAGCAGAACCUUCCAGCACUUCUAACCAGUGAGGCUUCACAGUUUCUCAACAUUCAGGGAUCAAUACCUCCCACUUUCUUGCAAAGAAUUCAACUCUUUGUGGAGCUCGGAAGUUUCGUUUUUAAUUUAGUUCCUGGAAUUAUGAACAUUAUGGCUGGGUAUUUGGCGGAAGAAGGGUUGAUUGGACUGACUGAUUUGGAUAAUAUGACUCAGCUGUAUCUAGUGAACGAUCAUCCGGCUUUAUCUUUUCCAUACUUAAGGGCGCCCAAUUCUCUCAACAUAGCUGGAAUAGGAUUAAAGAAUCCAUCUGAACCAUUAGGUAGUGACGUAUCAAAGUUCGUGGAAUCAGCCAAGAAACGAGGAAAGCACAUAAUCUACGUAAAUCUUGGAACCUUAGCUUUUUCGCUCGACCAUUACCAAUCAAUGUUUGGGGAAGAAUUCUUUGAGACACUACAAAAAUCAGAUGAUGCAGUGAUAAUAGUGCGCAGUGACGUAGAAUACUCUAAUCAUGCAAACGUCCUCUCAAAAUCCUGGCUCCCCCAGCGAGCGCUGCUAGCAAGCUCCACUGUAUCGCUGUUUGUAUCUUCCUGUGGAAACAAUGCCAAGAUCGAAUCGGUCCUUCACAAAGUACCCUUGUUGUGCAUUCCACUGUUCACCGACCAGUAUUUCAACUCUCUUCUCGUCAAAAGGAAUCAUUUUGGAGAGAUGCUGCUGAAAGAAGAUUUCUCUCAUGAGGCAUUGGAGCAGAUGGUUACACAAAUGUUAGAGAAUCAAAAGAAGUACAUUGAAAGUCUGCACGCUGGGUCCUCUGCUGUUUUACUAAAUCCAGCCACACCGGGAGAUAAUUUAGUUUUUCAUUGCAAUCAUCUAAUGGAGUUCGGGAAUCUCAACUUUUUGAGGAAUGAAGUGAUCGGCCGACAAACUACUGUAGAGAUUUACAAUAUUGACAUUCUGGCAGCUAUAUUUGUUGCUUUUCUAGCGGCUUUAAUUUUCGUGUGGACCAUUGGAAAAAAGGUGGUUAAUUUUGGGUGGACUUAUUUUAAGAAGACUCAAGGAACCGGGAUAGUUAGAGAGAAAAGAGAGUAAUUAAUUUGGGCUUGUAUUUAAAAACCAUUAUUUAACUUAAGUAAUGGGUAAACUAAAUUACAUUUUAAGGGUAAAUUAUGAUUUUUAGGUUGAAAGAAUAAAUGGAAUAUUGAUUAUGUAGCAUUCAAUUUUAUUUGGAAAUAUGAGAUUGCAGAUCAAUUUUUGGAGUUGUGGGAAUCUAGGAAUAUGUUUCUCAGAUGUUUUACUUUGUUUUC